AUGUGCUAACACAUUAGCCAUGGCUACAUUAGAAGUUGAUGAUAUGCCAUUGUUCUAUUUAAAAUGAAUUGUGUAGCUCUCAGCAGAUUUGGAUCUGCUUAAAUAUGUUAUGGGUUCUUUUAAAAGCCAUUCAAAACCUUUAUCUCUCUGUUGUGGUUUCCGUCACCGUGUGAAAACAUGGUAACAUAAAUUCAAUGAAAAAAAGCGUGUUGGGUUUUCAAUUCAUUUUGGAUGAUCUGUAAAAUACAAUACGGGUAUGAUAGAGCCUUACAGUAAGGAGUUUUAAAGGUGAAACCCCUAUCAAUAGCUGCAUGUAUAAAACCAGGUUUUCAGCACCCCUUGAUUAGAUUCUGGAUGAGCCCCCAGCAAAAUAUAGGGUUCUCUGUAGAGCACCCUGGGCUGGUUAUAAGCACCCUUAGAAAGAGAAAAGUUUCUUGAUAGAAACCCCAGAGAGGGAUCUUGUGGAACCAUAGAGCCAAAAAUAACCAAAAAUGUAUUACACAUAUUACAAUUUACAAAAAUAAACAUCCAGGUGGACAACAAAAAGUACCAGUAACAGAGUCUUAACAAAACAAAACAAUUGUAGCAUGUAUAAAGUAUUGUGAUAGCAGCCAGGUGACAGUGAAAGUAAACGUGUAUGUUGCACAGUUAUUACAGCUUUGUCACAGUAGUUGAAUAAUUAUAAUUAUAAAGUACACAAAUAUAUUGUCUUUAUUGUUCAAUGUCAAGGGUCUACCAUGGAUCCAGGUUCAAUGUAUAAAAAAGGGAACACCUUUAAACCUUUGCCAAAGUGUUGAGAUCUGUCACGGCUCUGUAUAUUCUGCAGGAUCCAGGCCGGCUGAUUAUCUUUGUUCUGCAAACUUAUCUUUGGGAUGGAAAGGAAGGAGUUAAAAGAAGAAAAAAAAAACUAAGUACCCAGGAUGGAGUUUGGACCUUCGCUGUGGUUACUGUUUGAUGAUCCAGAGCUCAGGAGCAAUGCACCCAGUAACAUGCCUGUCGUCCAUCUGCUGAACUUCAACCCUCACAUAUCUUCUGUCAGUCAGUCUGCCUUAUCGACAGAUUAGUCAGGAGGAGACAACAUUCCAUUCCUCUAACCAGGCAACCUGUUGUCUAACUGAGUUAGAGGAGUGGGACUCAUAAGGUCAGCACGCUUCCGGAGAGUUCCACUUGGGAGCAGAGCAUUCCCGGACAGUGCUUCGGACCUCUAAUCCAGAAAGCAGCCAGAUUCUCCAGGAGAUCUUCAGAGAGCAUUUAGACCCAAAGCAGACCAAAGCAUCAUGUUGAGCAAAGAUCUGCCGGAUAUUGAGAGCAUCCUGGCUCUGAAUCCCAGGGUGAAGACUCAUGCUCAGAUUAUAUCUACGGCGAACAAGAAGAAAGAAAAGAAACACUGGAAGAGAAACCAUGAAAAGAGCUGUGAUUCGUGUGUGGACUUAGAAAACAACUUUGACGAUAUCAAACACACAACGCUGAGCGAGCGUGGAGCUCUACGAGAAGCACUCAGGUGUCUUAAAUGCGUGGAUGCUCCCUGUCAGAAGAGCUGCCCUACUAACCUGGACAUCAAGUCAUUUAUUACAAGCAUCUCUAAUAAGAACUACUAUGGGUCGGCUAAGGCCAUCCUUUCUGACAACCCACUGGGCCUGACCUGUGGAAUGGUGUGUCCCACAUCAGAGCUGUGUGUGGGGGGGUGCAACUUGUUUGCUUCUGAGGAGGGACCCAUUAAUAUCGGAGGGCUGCAGCAGUUUGCUACUGAGGUGUUUAGCAAGAUGGGCAUCCCUCAGGUCAGGAAUCCUGAACUGCCACCUGCCAAUGAGAUGCCAGAGCCUUACCAUGCCCCCAUUGCUCUGAUUGGUUGUGGCCCUGCGUCAGUCAGCUGCGGCUCCUUCCUGGCCCGCCUUGGAUAUGAUAAUAUUACCAUAUUUGAGAAGCAGAAGUGGAUUGGAGGGCUGAGCACAGCAGAGAUCCCUCAGUUCAGGCUUCCCUAUGAGGUUGUGCAGUUUGAAAUAGACCUGAUGAAGGACUUAGGAGUGAAGGUGAUUUGUGAGAACGGGCUGGGUGUUGAUGGAAUGACUUUGGCUUCCCUGAAAGAGGAAGGGUUCAAGGCAGUCUUCAUUGGGAUUGGUCUCCCUCAGGCCAACAGAGCCAGAAUCUUCCAGGAUCUGACUAUGGAUCAAGGCUUCUUCACUUCCAAAGACUUUCUGCCCAUGGUGGCCUCAGCCAGCAAGAAAGGUAUGUGUCAGUGCCGCUCCUCUCUGCCAGAGUUAAGAGGGGUGGUGAUCGUUCUGGGGGCCGGGGACACAGCGUUUGACUGCGCCACCUCGGCCCUUCGCUGUGGAGCCAGGAGAGUGUUCGUGUGCUUCAGGAAGGGAUUCACUAACAUCAGGGCCGUCCCUGAGGAGAUGGAGUUGGCUAAGGAGGAGAAGUGUGAGUUCCUGCCCUUCCUGUCUCCUCGGGAGGUCAUCAUGAAGAACGGUCAUGUUGCCGGGCUACAGUUCUGUCGCACGGAGCAGACUGAGGAAGGUGAUUGGCUGGAAGACGAGGAGCAAAUUGUCAGGCUGAAGGCUGAUUACAUCAUCAGUGCCUUUGGUUCCAUGCUCAACGAGCCUCAAGUGAAGGAAGCCAUGGCUCCUGUGAAGAUGACCCGCUGGGGGACUCCAGAGGUGAACACGGACACCAUGCAGACCAGCGAGCCCUGGGUGUUUGCAGGAGGAGACAUUGCCGGUUUGGCAAACACCACUGUGGAAUCAGUGAAUGAUGGCAAACAGGCUUCAUGGCACAUCCACAGAUACAUGCAGUCUCUGAAUGGACACUCAGUGGACCCGGUUCCCAAGCUGCCGUUGUUCUACAGUGCCAUAGAUCAGGUGGACAUCAGCGUGGAGAUUUGUGGAAUAAAGUUCCCCAACCCGUUUGGCCUGGCAUCUGCACCCCCCACCACCAGCACCGCAAUGAUCAGAAGAGCUUUUGAACAGGGAUGGGGCUUCGCUCUGACCAAGACCUUUGGACUGAACAAGGAUCUGGUGACCAAUGUGUCUCCUCGUAUUGUGCGUGGCACCACCUCAGGACAUAUGUUCGGACCCGGUCAGGGCUCCUUCCUCAACAUUGAGCUCAUCAGUGAGAAGACCGCCGCCUACUGGUGCCAGUCAGUGACCGAGCUGAAGAAGGACUUCCCUAAUAACGUGGUGAUCUCCAGCAUCAUGUGCAGUUACAACAAGGAAGACUGGACAGAACUAGCCAUAAUGGCAGAGGCUUCUGGAGCAGAUGCUUUGGAGCUGAACCUGUCCUGUCCUCAUGGGAUGGGAGAGAGAGGCAUGGGACUGGCCUGUGGACAGGACCCGGUGAUGGUGCGUAACAUCUGUCUCUGGGUGCGUGCGGCCACUACCAUUCCGUUUUUCGCCAAACUGACUCCAAAUGUCACCAACAUUGUCGACAUCGCCAAGGCUGCUAAUGAAGGUGGAGCAGAUGGAGUGACAGCCACCAACACAGUCUCAGGUAUGAUGGGACUGAAGGCUGACGCCUCCCCCUGGCCGGGGGUUGGAAAGGGCAAACGGACCACCUAUGGAGGGGUGUCUGGGAAUGCCAUCAGACCCAUCGCUCUCAGGGCGGUGUCCGCCAUCGCCAGAGCCAUCCCUGGUUUCCCUAUCCUGGCCACCGGAGGCAUCGACUCUGCAGAGAGCGGACUGCAGUUCCUUCACGCCGGAGCCUCUGUGUUACAGGUGUGCAGUGCAGUCCAGAACCAGGACUUCACCGUCAUUGAGGAUUACUGUGUGGGUCUGAAGGCCUUGUUGUACCUGAAGAGCCUGGAGCUGAGGGACUGGGACGGUCAGUCUCCUCCCACAGAGAAACAUCAGAAGGGAAAACGAGUUCCCAGACUGGAAGACCUUGUGGGAAAGAGCCUCCCUAGCUUUGGUCCCUACCUCCAGCAGAGGACAGACGUCAUCGCAGAGUACAAGAAGAAGAUCAGAAACACAGGACCUGAAGUGAUAGACACCGACAUCAGACAGGUCAACCCGUCUAAAAAACCUGUCCCUGCUGUCAAGGAUGUGAUAGCCAGGGCGCUGCGUCACAUUGGAGCAUAUCAGGAACUUGACAACACGGACCAGGUCCAGGCUCUGAUAGAUGAGGAGAUGUGCAUCAACUGUGGGAAGUGCUACAUGACCUGCAAUGACUCUGGUUACCAGGCUAUAACGUUCGACCCAGAGACCCACCUCCCCAAAGUGACGGACAGCUGCACGGGCUGCACUCUGUGCCUCAGCGUCUGCCCCAUCAUUGACUGCAUCAAGAUGGUCACCAUGGCAAAACCAUAUAAACCCAAGAGGGGAGUGCCUGUUAGUCCUGUCUGCUGAAGGGACGGACAAACCGACCCACCUAUUUAAUAUGAGAGAACAAAUACUCUAACGUUUGAUUUUAAUUCAUCUGCAACAUGAGGUUUGAGUCAUUUGUUGCCUUCUAAAAAUGAUGAAAGUCAUUUGGAUGAUGUAAAGAGUGGAAAAGUGAUAGAAAGCUUACAUCCCAUAUGUUUUUCUUGCUUGAUAAAAAAGAAUGGGAGGGAGUUUUUGAUAAAUGUAUUCUUGAUUAUAGGAAAUACUACCAGCAAUAUUAUUUUAACAUCAAGCUCUACAAUAAUGAUAUCAAUAUUCAUUCGUCAACAAUUUCUCUGUUACUCUGAAGCAAGUUAUGAUAUUGUGAAUUCUUUAUUUUAACCCUUCUGUGUGUAAUGUAAUAAUAGACAAUUAGUAUUUGAAUAUGCAUUAACUGUAUUCUAAAUGUAUUCAUGUACAUUUACAUCUUUGAUUUAGUCUAUGAAUAAAAUAAAGGUUUUCUGCAGUAUCUCAUAUGUGGGUCAGACUGCGAUUGAAUUGAUUGGACUUUGGUGGAAGAAGUAUUCAGAUAAUAACCCUGAUUAAAAGGAGCAAUGCCACGAUGUAAUGGUACUAUUUUAUUAUAGUUCUAUAUGUAAAUCAAGUAUUUAUCAGUUUAAUGUAGUGAAUGUACUUUACAAAAAUAGUUAAAGGAUCAUUUAUCACUGUACAGAAUGUGUGUACAAUUUGUAUUAUUUUCAGUGUUUGAAUGUUGCUAAAUUAUAUUGACUUAACUUUCAAUAUACGUUUUCCAAUUGUG